AUGUCGCACUCGUCAGCCUCUUCAGACACGGGCUCGGACCCAUUGGAUAUGCGCGGCGAGGAGGGCUGGGAGGAUGCCGAGCCCGACGUUGAGGAGAUCCGCGUCGUCAGCCUCUUCGACGACCAAGUCUUUCCGGAUGUCAAGCAGAUGAUCGAGGAUUGCAAGAAAAGGUACAACUUCGAUUUUACUGGCAUCCAGAAGAAGCUGGGCCUUGACUUUUUCGGGAGCAUCAAGCUGGUGAACUACAUCCGCAGCGAAGUCAAGAACGGCAACAAGAACCCCGACGUGUCUGACGCAGCAAAAUUUGCCGACGACAAGUACCUGCAACCUGUGCUCGAGGAUGAUGCCGUGCUAUUCUCUCUGGACGAGCUCUCGGCAGAUGACGAGGAGCCGCAGUCUGAGGAGGCCAAGAGAGUCAAAGAGCUGGAGGAGCAACUUCAACAACUAUCAAGCCAGUUCGCCGAGUACAGGGAAACCGUCUCCAAGACGCUUGAGGAGCGCUGGAACGAGAAAGAGAUGCCUAAGGAGGGCGAAGCUGGUCCCUCCGGAUCAUCAAAAGCUCCCGAGGGCAAGUGGGGCAUCGAUACCGGAUACUUCGACUCCUACUCCUAUAACGAUAUCCACGAGACCAUGCUUAAGGACGCCAUCCGCACUGAUGGGUACAGGGACUUCGUUUACGACAACAAGCACAUCUUUGCCGGAAAGACGGUCCUGGAUGUGGGCUGCGGAACGGGCAUCCUCUCCAUGUUCUGCGCAAAGGCCGGCGCUGCCCACGUCAUCGCUGUGGACAACAGCGAAAUGAUCGAGAAGGCCAUCGUCAACUGCCACGCCAACGGAUUCUCCGACAAGAUCACCUGCCUGCGCGGCAAGAUCGAGGAGGUCGUUCUUCCGGUCGACAAGGUGGACAUCAUCAUUUCCGAGUGGAUGGGCUACUGCUUGCUCUUCGAGGCCAUGUUCGACAGCGUCAUGUGGGCCAGGGACCGCUACUUGAAGCCUGAUGGCCUGAUGGUGCCCAGCCACACCACGCUGCACAUUGCACCCUUCUCUGACGACGACUACAUCGCGGAUAACAUUGAAUUCUGGCGCGAUGUGUACGGCUUCGACAUGACCGCCAUGAUGGAGGGAAUCCGUGACGAUGUCAGGGUCAAGAGUCUGACGACCGACAAGCUUGUCUCCAAGUCGUCUCAGUUCUUGCAGCUCCCGCUGCACACCAUCACGACCGAAGAGCUGGAGUUUGUGAAGAACUUCUCAGUCGAGGUGGAGGCGGACGCUAGUGCGCUGGACGGCUGGUGCAUCUGGUUCGAUACCUUCUUCUUGCCAUCCCGCGACACUGCCCUGCCAGCCGACGCACGGGCGGAGACGUGGAAGGGGCCAGGCAACGCGUUCACAACGGGCCCCGGCGGCAAACCUACUCACUGGGAGUCUGGACUGCUGCUCGUCGAGCGCACCGGCAAAAACAACGAGCUGAAGAAGGGACAGAAGAUUGCAGGCAGUGUUACGUACAAGAAGGCGGGCAAGAACACGCGCGACUUGGCCAUCGAGAUCGAAUGGGAGGUCGAGGGCGGGGCAGACGGAAAGCGGAAGCAGGCAUGGAAGCUGGAGUAG